CAGCUUUGCUGAUUCUUUUGGAUUUGAUAGGGUGUCUCACUACCUGCUUCAACUCAAAUUGGUUGGUUAUGGUUAUUGUACAAAAAUUAUAGUUUGGUUGAAAGAGUUUCUCAGCAAAAGGAAGCAGCGUGUUGUUUUGCAUGAGCUUUGUUCAGAUUGGAUUGAGGUGUUGAGUUGUGUGCCCCAAGGCUCUGUUAUUAGACCACUAUUGUUUCUUACUUUUUAUCAAUGAUAUGCCAGAACUUGUCAUAAAUUAUUGUAAAUUGUUUGCGGAUGAUUGUCAGCUAGUUGUCAAAUUAAAAAGUGUUCUUGAUUUUGUUUAUGUUCAGGCUGACAUAUAUUCUUUAAGUGAGUAGUCUAAACUGUGGUGUAUGGAUUUCAGCAAAUGUAAAGAUUUAAAGUUUCACGGCAGAUCAUUGUAUCUCAAUGACUCUCUUUACAUGGAGGACAAUGCUGGAAAUUAAAUUCAACUAGAAAAUAUCUGUGUUAAACGAACACUAGGAGUUUAUAUAAACACCAAGCUCAAAUGGGCUGACCAAAUAACCAAUUAGCACUAAAAGCUAAUAUUUUAGGAAUGCUUAAGAGAACCUUUAAAAAAUGGAAUGUGUGUAUGUUUCUCAAACUCUAAACAUCUUAUGUUCGUCCUCUGCAUGAGUACUGCGCACCAGUUUAGAAUCCAUUCAUUAAAAAAGACAUUGAACAACUUGAACAGGUACAGAAAUGUGCUACUAAGUUACUUCCUCAGUUAUGGAACCUUAGUUAUAAAUCACGUCUGGCUAAGUUGGGUUUAACUUUCUUUAUACGAACGCAGAAUAAGAAGUGACAUAAUACAAUAUUUUAAAAUUUCCUAGAACUUUAAUAUAGUUGAGUGGCAAAAUCAUGCACUCAGCUCAUUAACAGUCAACGGCCCAGUCGAUGGUCUAUGCGGUGCAAAUAUCAAAAUCCAAAGAGAGUUUACUAGAAAUUCAGCCAGACAUAAUUUUUUAUGCAAUUGUGUAGUACCUUAUUGGAAUAGUCUACCAGAUUUUGUUGUUGCUUCAAAGACAGUUGACUAAUUCAAAAAUAAUUAUGACAAAUAGAUUAAUUGUUCGUCGGUCUACUAUAUCUGGGUCUCGAUAGAUUCCCAGCUCAUAGAAGUUUCAAACUUUUAUUGUAGAAUAAAAAUGAUAAUAAUAAUAAUAAUAACAAUAAUAAUAAUAAUAAUAAUAAUAAUAAUAAUAAUAAUAAUAAUAAUAAUAGUAAUAAUAGCAAUAAUAAUAAUAAUAAUGAUAAUAAUAUACAAAUAAUUUAAAUGUAUUCUACAAAAUAGAGUGCUGGAUGUUCUUCAAAAGAACAUGACAUAUUUUUCUGAUGAGUCUUUAUUGAUGAAACAAAGUGUUAAAUAAAAAAAGUUUGAUAAGUUGUUGGUAUUGUUGGAGAGGUAGUUUUAACAAUAUUUGUUGUUACACGGGAUAAUGAACCUCAUUUGCAUACUGCUAAGGGACCUGGAUCAAGCAAAUAUAAAUUUCAAGAAGUUAGGCUUCCAAAUGGAGUCCAAGCCCUUCAAACAACAUUGAGUUCUUAUAACAAAAGUGAUGAAGCAUUAAUAAUCUUUGAUCAGUUAAGCAUAAGAAGAGCACGAAACUGGGAAGCAGAUAAGGAGCUGCAAGAUCGAGGUAUAGAACCUGUUACAUGGAAAACGAAAAAAAAAGAAGCAAAACUUGCAUUUCAGGUUUCUAUAUCUUCAAUAAGCACUCAUUCUGGAUACCAAUUUAUAUCUUACUCAAGACUAUUUCAAUGCAAAUGAAUAUGAUGAUAUUAUGACAGUGCUUUGGCUUUAAAAUUGUUUAUUGAAGAUGACUCUUAGUUCUGCAAUGAUGAAAUUCAAUAACCCUUACCACAAUGAAUUUUCUGGAGAAACCUGCCCCAUCAGGUAAUCCAGAAAUCUAUUGGUCCAGUCAUACUGAGGGUUCUCCUGUAGGUGGCCUGGAAAUGGGUUUUCAUGGCAAGAAAUUUGCAUCUGGUUUCAAAAUAAGGUUUUUCUCAAAAGAGAGUAGCCAUGAUCCACCUUGGGAAACUUAUGCAGUUGUUGAUAGGAAUAAAUCUAACUUGCAUGCUUGCGUUUUCAAAGUGCCUGCUUACUAUAAAACUCAUAUUACUACUAAUGUUUCAGUAUUUAUUGAGGUUCAAAGUGGGUCAGAGAAAGAACCUCGCACAAGUGAGCCAGUACUUUUUACAUAUCUUGCUGAUUCCAAAGUAAAUAGUUGUAAAAUUUGUGUUCAACUUAAAGGCUUCAUUCAAACAAUCUAUCAGUUAUUGAUUAGCAAACACAAUUUUAAAGGUAUUUUAAAGUUUCUUCAAAACAUUAUUAAAGAACAUAACAUUAACACCCAAUUUCUAACAAAUAAUUCAUUAGAAAACCAUACAAGUGAAGUUUUUGUGAGUUGCCAUAAUAAAUCUCCUUUAACAACUAUAAAAACUAAAACAACUUUUAACCCUUGUACCAGUGGAAAUAAAGUCAAAAAAAUGCUUGAUAAUUCUGGCUUUUCAUCAGAAUUAUCCAUUAAUUGUAGCAAAAAACUCAAUACAAGUGCUGCUGAUUUUAGUAGAGCGAGUCCAAGAGCUACAUGUUUUGACACUUCACAAAGCAAACUAUUUUACACAGAUUUUAACAGAAAUGAACAAACUUCAGUUACCUUAAAUAAUACUCCAACGCAAUCGACAUCAUUUUCUCAAAGCUAUAACCAGUCAAAUAAUACUUAUUUUGCUGAAAAUUACCAGAAUGAAAAAAAUCUUCUGAAAAGAGAUCAGAAAGAAAAUAUACUAAGAUCCCCUGAUGUUUCCGAUAUAAGAAAUAUUAUUAGUACCAAAGUAUCAAACAUCAGUUCAAAGCUAUUUGAAACUUCUUGUGAAAAGAAAGAAAUCAUCGGCAAAUCAUUUUCAACAACUUCAUCAAGUAAUUCUAGUUGUGAAGAAAGUUUAAUGACAUUAGAUGAUUGCUUGCAUAAUGAAAUAGAAUUGGCUUCCUGUCCAACCCAUUCUUCACAGCAUAGUUUAACACCAGAAUCUUUUUAUCUUAAAUCGUUUGAUCAUGAUCAUUUGUUUUGCAGUAGCUUACAUUUGCCGUCAUUGAAAUGUUUAGAAAAUAAUCAAGAUAAUUAUCUAGAUUCUCAGUGUGACGAAAACUUACUAAUAGACAAAUAUUAUUUACAGGAUGUUGUUAGUCAGAGUUUUGAAUAUAAUUUUCAGCCGUUUUCAAAAAGUUAUGAGAAAGUAAGAGAUCAAAUAGUUCAGCCAAGGUCAUAUGUUCUAUGCCAUGAACCUACUCAAAAUAGUUUAAACCAACAUGCAAAGUUCAAUGCUAUACUUAUGCAAAAUAACUUUCCAGUAUCCUCAAAUCGGCUCAAGAGAAAAGUUGAUAAUUUUGCUGCUGAAUACAACUUUUAUAACAGCCUUCCUUCUGAUCAGAGUUUAUCAUUUGAAGCAGGUAAUUCUUUUUUUAAAGUUUUAGAUGGUAAAGAAUCCGCAGAAAUUUCGUCAACAUCCAGACCAACAUUUUGUUCAGGCAAUUUAAGUUAUUUGGAUUUAUUAGGCGAAAAUAUUAAGUCGACUCCGCUGUCAAAGUUAGAACAGGCAAAUUAUUCACAGUGUUUUCUUCAUACAAGUUUAUUACCCAAUUCAUCACCUAUUAGUUGGUAGCAGUGAAGUUUUAAAAGAUUUAAUGCAAAAUUAUGAUUUAUUGAACGAAGUGAAACUAAUACAUACUUUGGCAAACAGAAUAUUUCCAUAACUGGAAUACUGCGAUCCAAACUGAAAAAAAUGAAAACAAGUGAGGAGAUUAUUUAAUAUAAAGAAAAUAAUGCUUGAAUCAUGGAAAACAGCAGUUAUGAAAAAAUAUCUUAACAAAUCUUUGAAACAAAUAUCUUACAAAUCAUUAUAUAAAUAUUAUUAUAAUAAAUAUUAUGUAUAUUGUAGAUACUAA